UUGGUUUAGUGACAUUAAGCAGGUGAAAGAAAUCCUUCGGCUGACUCUGAGACAACUGAAUAAAAUGAUCAUUUCGGGCAGAAGAUGCCUCCCUCUGUGUUGGGCUCUUCUCUUUUGUCUACUCGUAGAUUGUGUGGGUACAGAAAGCACCAUAGCCGCAGUGGGAACAGACGUCACUUUACCAUGCAACUAUAAUGCUCAGUACUACGGCAGGCUGCCUGCGUGCUGGGGUCGAGGAGCCAUCCCCAACAGUGGCUGUGCCAAUCAGGUGAUCAAGUCAGACGGGACAUCAGCGACCAGCAGGCUGUCAAAGCGUUACCUGUUCAUGGGUAAUCUCGGUAGAGGCGAUGUGUCGUUGACCAUCAGGCAGGUUGAGGAGAGCGACUCUGGGACAUACGGCUGCCGCGUGGAAAUACCGGGCUUGUUCAACGACCAGAAACAGCACCUGACUCUGACGGUGGUGGCAGUGCGCCCUCAUCCCCCGAAGGUGGAGACGAGAGAGGUGAAGGAGAGAGCUGUCACUGUUCGCUGGACUCCUGUGUUUGACGGCGGCAGGCCCAUCACAUCCUACAGGAUCGAUCUGAAAAGCAAACAGGCCUCCUGGGAUACUGCAGUAAGUACUGAAGUCCCAAAUCCUGAACUGACUCAGCUGACUCAGCUGGAUUUGCGUCCGGCUAAUACCUACAGCCUUCGCAUGUUCGCUACCAAUAGCGUGGGCACGAGCGAGGCCAGCAAUGUUCUGACAGUAACAACCAAAGAAGCAGCACCGGAGGGUCCUCCCCUGGACAUGGAGCUGGAGAGCCUCACUCCUCACAGCAUCAAGGUCACUUGGAAGCCUCCAAGGCCUGAUCUCAGAAAUGGGGUCCUUCGGAGUUAUAGCGUUAGCUACAGAGAGUAUGACCCCGCAGUCAGACAGUUCAAGAGGUGGCAGCAUGUAAGCGUGACCGCCACCAGGGAGCUAGAGAGCGUCGUCCUGAGCAACCUGAAGCCCUCCACCAGAUACGGCGUGCUUGUCCAGGCAAAAACAAAUGCAGGAAUAGGGCCUGCCUCAGUUGCACCUCUCUGCUCCACUCUGGAUGAGGUUCACACAACUUUAACAACUUCUACACGUAAGUCUACUUCUACUAGCAAGUCUACUUCUACUAGUGAGUCUACUACCACUGCUGCCACAAUGUGGAUACAAGACACUACACUGGUUCACACAACUUCAUUGGUUGAGCCUGUCACUGCUGUCACAGACUGGGAAUACAGCAGUACAAGUGUCACAUCAGUGCCCCCAGAUCCCCCGGUGGUUGAGUUAAAGGAGGUCAGAGAUAAUACAGUUUCUCUUUUAUGGACUCCUGGGUUUGAAGGUGACAGCCCCAUUACUGGAUAUUACCUGGAGUAUAAAGCAGUGAACGCCUCGUGGGAUUACACAAAGACAAUUGUAGACUUCAGCCCUAACCAGACAGAGGCCACAAUAAUAGAGAUAAAUCCCUCAACGUAUAACAUCCGCAUGUUUGCUCAGAGCAGCCUGGGCACCAGUAAAGCUAGCAACGUCCUCACCAUCACCACUGGAGGAACAGGUCAUCAGACAGAUGAGCAGGUUGCCACCAUACCCACUGACAGUCAUGCUGCUGUCAGCGUGGAGGAGAGUCAGAGCGGCCACCUCGUUGCCAUCGUGGUGCCGGUGGUGCUGCUGGUGGUCAUCGCCGCGGUUUUAACCACAUGGAAACUCCAACAAAUGAAACAGAAAAAGGGCAGCCUGAACAUGUGGAUGACAGGUGUAGUGCUGCGUUCCCACGAGGCCCUACAAGAGCUAUAAAACUCUGUUACUCACUUUAGCCAAGAAACUCACAAAUAAGCAGGAGUUUUCGUUUUCACAAAAGGUGCCAUAGAAGAUUGUAUAUUUCUGUUUCGUACGUCAUUGGGGGAAGAAACAACCUGCAUAUUUAGCUGAUUCACAUUAAGCAAAGGAACAAAUAAUCUGUGCUUUGUAAACUCCCGCUAAAGAAGCCCUGAUCAACAGUAGCAUGAUUUGGGUUUUAUACAGUAACUUCCAAUCUGUUUUUAAAAGGCUUUUUCAAUAACUUUCUCUCUUUCUAACAAUACAUAUCAUUUUUUUUACACUUUUAUAACAUUAACAGGUCAUUCAAUAAUUAUCAACUAUUUUCCUUUAUAGUAAUAAACUUCUACAGUUUUUGUUCGUUGACAUGGACUCUAUUUUAUUUUAUUGUUAUGUGUUAUGUUGUUUAUGGUUAAAGUUUUUGUUGAUUCAGCCACCACUGAAAAAAUAAAAAUAUGGUCAAUGAGCUGGUUAAAGUUUCAAAAGUCAUACAUGCAAGGUGAAAGGCAGUUAAUGAAUACAGAUUCAGUAUUGGUUGAAUUGUUAAAAAUUAAAGCUUGAUUUUUUUAAAAAUCCUGUUCUUUUGUUUAAAUUAUAGCUGGAUGUAUACAAGUGUCUCCCCUAACAUCUUCUCAGUAAAAAAAGGUUUGAUUCGUCACUGUAAAGCUAAAUAGCUUGCACUCAACAGGUGUACAUCAUUUUAAAAUUGAGGACGUGGUGUCAGUAUCAGUUCUUUCAAUUAAA